GUUUACUCAGCUACAGAAUGUUUAAUAACAAAAAAAUUAAUUUUAGUUUCAAAGGUAGCAUUAUCUCUAUUAACUAUAGCAGCUCUACAGAACGCCUGUCUAGUUUAGUCGCACAGCUCGCCAGCAGAUUGACGCUUCGUGAAAAUCAACUGAAGCUGAUCUAUAAAGGAUUGGUUAUAAGGGAUUUCAAUAGAACGCUCGAUGACUUGAAGAUUACAAGUAAUGCGACUAUUAUGGUCUUGGUCACUCAGAAGCUCAACAUCGACACCCAGCAGCAAUUCAUUGCAGAUAUAGAGAGCAUUCUCAACACUCAAGUACUUCCACUAGAACCACAGCUCAAGGAAUAUGAAGUCACACCUACGGAACAGUCCAAACUCAAUUUACAGACGCUAGAAACAUCAGAAAGCACUCCAUCAAGGCUACACAGUCAUUUUUAGAUAGACUAGACAGUGCCACAAGCAAAAAUUAAAUAUAUUUAGCAUUACAUCAUCAUGAAUGGUUUCUCUUCUCAUUUCCUUUGAGUACUUCACGUAACAACAUUGUAGCAUAUGUACUGCUACCUAGAUUGAACGCCAUCGAAACUGCGGUGUGUUUUCUUUCACCCUCUACAGUCUCGAGAUCUAAUCCUAGGAGUUCUUCCUCUGCUGACUUCAACAACUGCUCAUCGUCUGACGCAUACUGGAUGACAGACCACGUAACAUCUUUAGGAAGAUGUACGAUUUUUCGAUAUCCACCCUCCAUUGAGAAUUCCUUCUGUGGUCUCCAUAACUUCUGAUAAUCCAGGUGAUCCAUUUCAAGCAUCUCCUUAUACUUUUCACCGAGUUUACCAGUAGGGUACAAAACACCAUGUCCUGGUAAAGGCAUCAAGACAUCAUAUAUGCUGUAUUUGUCUUCUUCACCUUCUUCUACUCUCUUGACAUCUUCACCUGCAGAAACUACAUCUCCUGCAACAACUUUGAGUCCGAAUGUUCUCAUUCUUUCACUGACAACAGAAUUCCAGAUGUAUGAUUGAUAUGCGUGUACGUACAUAGUACGCAAAUUACGAGGUAUUCUGGACAAUGCACCAAGGAAAUCACGGUUUGAUUUGUGGAGGUGUUCGAUAAUCGCUCUCUCAGCAACCAUCUUCCUUGGUAACAACUUGAGUGCUUCCUUGCCAUUCUUGUCGUCCAACCACGCCUUUCUUCCUUUCACGCAAUCAUCAUCUUCAUUAGGUCUAAGACGUAAAAUGCUAUCACAUGCGCCUUCCCAGUCUGAGUUGAGGAGUAGCCAUCCAAUAUAAUGUGUAGGAAUCACUGAUGUACCGAAUCUUUGCAUACCUACGUGUUCCGUUAGAUAGAACUAGCAAAUGAGACAAAACUCACCAAAGUAAUUGAUGAAUCCUCUUUCUGCAAGGACUUUCAAUGAUGCAUUGAUCGUAUCUUCACCGUCACUUUCGACAUCUCUCAAAAUAAUACCAAAUCUGUUACCGUUGAGGUCUCCAAGUGCGAAAUUUUCAGACUCGUAGGUUAAAUUUCCAAUUCUGCAGCCUCUUUCACCUCUCUCUUGGAGUGCCUCCUGGAUGGUUCUUCUAACCUUUUUCUUUUCCUUUUGGUUUUCGGUACCUGCGUUAUUAACUCUCUUCCAGACAUCUUGUAAUGUCAUAUUGCCCCUUUUAAUACAUAACCUCUGAGUGGUGAUACCACGCUUGUCUUUAGUACCUGCUACGUUCAUAAGCUUGUCUUUGACUUUUAUCAUUCUGGAUAAGUGAUUCACUGCAUCUGACGAAUCUCUGUUUGAUUUUUGCAAAACAAAGUGAAUAUAUGGCUUUUCUUUAUCGUAAGGAUGUUGCUCUCUACGUGGUCUACCACCUCUACACCACUUAAUACUUAUUUCUGAUGAUUGAGUUGAAGACGUUUCAAAACGACCACCUAAAACGGCUCUCAGCAGGUCAUGAACUUCCUUUCUAGCUUCUUUGUCAUCACCAAGUGGAUUUGUCAUAACUAUUUCAUCGGAAGGACCCUUCAAGGUGAGCUCCUUAAUCUUUUCUGUUACGGUAGGACCAAGUUUCGGCGUGAGCCUUUCAGUAGCAUCUUCUGGCCAUGACUUUUACAUCCAAUUUCUCAGCCUCUAAACGUGCUUUUUCACGUGAUUCGACGAGUUCAUCCUCUGGGAGGCCAAUAUCAGUCAAUCUGACGACGUUAUCCUUCUUGUCAAUCUCAUUAACAAAGAAAUCGGUGAAACGGUGCUUGAUGAUACCGGAUACAGCUGAAACAUUUUUGUCCAUAUAUUCGAGUAUACCAGCAUCUGCUUCUUGAAGGAAAAGUGUCUUUUGUGGUACACCGUAAUCAUUUCUCAAUAUUUGUGUAGAUGGUGGCAGAUUUUGGUCUAAUUUGUACUCCUCAUAGAUCUUCUCUACUUCAGUUUCUGGGAGCUGUGUGUGAUCAACCCGUGGCUUCUUUUGUGACUGACUAUCAUCCAAGUUGCCGUCAU